ACCGGCAACUGGGAAAAUCUAUGCAUCUUCCGGGCGACCGAUGGUCUCGGGAGCGUGGCGGCACAGGAGGCAAUCGCCUUCCGAAUCGAGGAGUUCAAGGCGCGUUUCUUCGAGGCCUGGCGCCAGGCCGGUAUCGAUGUUGUGCUCUCGCCCGUGGUGGGUCAUGCAGCCGCUCUGCCCCUACGACCGGCACACGCCUUCACUAGCAUGCUCUCCUUCGCCAAUCUGGCUAAUCUGUUGGGUAUACCUGCGGGUACCCUGCCCUCAGGCCUAUCUGUUGAGCGAAGUGAUCUGGAAAAGUUGA